AUGAGAUUUUGGUUUUCCAAAAAAAAAAAUAGUCCUGAAUAUAGUGAUAAUAAAAAAAAGAACAAUGAUGAAAUAUACAAAGCUAUUUUAAAAAAUAGGGAAGCAAUAGAUGCUUUAGAAAAGAAGCAAGUGCAAGUAGAGAAAAAAAUUAAGCAACUGGAAAUUGAAGCAAAACAGAAAGUUCAGAAUAAUCAAAUGAACAGUGCCAAAAUAUUAUUGAAACGAAAAAAAUUGUAUGAACAAGAAAUAGAAAAUAUUUUAAAUAAUAGAUUAACUUUAGAAGAUAAUAUGAUAAAUUUAGAAAAUAUGCAUUUACAUAAAAUUGCAGUUAGUGCAUUGUCUUAUGCAGCUAAUACACACAAAAAGCUUAACAAUGAAAUUAAUCCCCAAAAAGUGGAAAAAAUUAUUGACACCAUACAAGAAAAUAAAGAUAUGCAAGAAGAAAUUAAUCAAGCCUUAAGUUUCAACCUCAUAAAUAACGUAGAUGAUGACGAAAUCGAUAAGGAACUCAAUUUAUUGAAAGAGCAAAGCUUGGAAGAAAAACUCAGUGCUAAAGUUAAUAAUAUACCCCCAAUACCAAAUGAAAAUAUUAAUAUUCCAAAUAAGCAAAGACAAAAUAUAAACUUUAACGAGGAGUCUGAUGACGAAGAAUUAAAAGAGCUUAUUGGAGAAAUGACCUAA